AUGCCUAAAGAAAAAUAUGUUAUUCAUUAUCGUACGCUCAAACAAGUUGUGGCAAACGAUAUUAAAAUUGUGAAAAUCCACCGUGUCUUGCAGUUUAAGCAAUCAACCUGGCUUAAACCGUACAUCGACUAUAACACAAUGAUGCGAACCAAUGCUAAAAAUGAGUUCGAAAAGAAUUUGUUUAAGCUUAUGAACAAUGCGGUGUACGGCAAGACGAUGGAAAAUGUCCGCAAACAUGUUGACAUUAAACUCGUCACAAAAUGGUUUGGCCGCUAUGGAGCUGAAGCUCUAAUCUCCCGCCCAAAUUUCAAAAGUCGAGCAAUUUUCGACGAAGAUCUGGUUGCUAUUGAAUUGCGCAAAGUCGAGGUACUACUCAACAAACCAAUCUAUGUAGGGUUAAGUGUGCUUGAUAUAUCUAAGACGCUAAUUUACGAUUUCCAUUAUGGUCACAUGUUGAAAAAAUACGGCGAUGCUUGUAAACUGCUGUAUACCGAUACAGACAGUCUUAUCUAUGAAAUCAAGUGUGAAGAUAUUUACAAAGACAUGAAAAAAGAUAUUGACAAGUUUGAUACAUCUGAUUAUCCCGCGAAUAACGUCUAUGAUAUUCCGCAAGUCAACAAAAAAGUCCUCGGCCUCAUGAAAGAUGAGUGCAACGGCAGAAUUGUAACUGAAUUUGUUGGCUUGCGGAGUAAGAUGUACAGUGUACGCGUUGAAGAUAAAGAUUUUAUUAAAAAAGCUAAAGGUGUUAAAGCCGGCGUUGUUAAAAAGACAAUUCAAUUUGAUGAUUAUGUAAAAUGUCUAAGAGAUUUUGAUAUUCAAACUCGCACACAGUAUAAUAUAAGAUCGCGGCUACAUAAUGUUGAAACUGUUAAACAGUUGAAAGUAGCCUUAUCUCCACAAGAUGACAAGCGGUAUUUGUUACCGGGGAGUACCGAUACUCUACCGUGGGGUCACUAUGCGAUCCCAAAUCUCGACGAUUUGUAA